AUGUGUUCAAAAGAAGACAUGCCUUUAGUUUGUUCAUUUAAAGACAUUUAUCAUCAUGCAAGUCCUCAUCGUCGUCGAUUAAUAAUUGAUACAUUAUUUACUGAAUCUUCACCUGCUGAUUUAUGGUAUAUUCAUCAAAAACUUAUAAACAAAAAACCAUAUUAUUUUGAUAUUCUUAGUCAUUUACCCUAUGAACUUUUAGAAAUGAUUUUUAAAUACCUGGAUGUAGAAGAUAUUAUAAUAUUUUCAAUGGUAUGCAAACGGUGGAAUAUUCUUGUUACAUGCAAUUCAGUUUCAAAAAUGUUAAUAACUAUUUAUUUUAAUAUCCAAACUAUAGAAAAUGCAAAUAAUAAUUGGUAUUCACUUUUUCAAAAAUAUGCAAAAAAAUAUUUAAGAAUUAAGAAAGGAAUGCUUAAGUCAUUUAAUAUACUCUAUCCUUAUAACAAGGUAAUAUCCUGUUCUCUUUAUACUCGAUUACAGGAUAAUUAUCUUAUACUUUAUAAUCAUUCUAUCACUGAAAGUUCUAAUAAAGGGAUUACUUUAUAUCGCCUAAAACCAGGUAUCAGUCAAAAAGAUGCAAUAUAUAUUUCUACUGAAAAUUAUGGGGGAAUUUUAAAUGCUUCUUUGGAUUCUUGUAUUCUUGUAAGUGUUAAUUAUUUUGGUGUAUUUUAUAUAUGGUCACUUAAUACUCUGGAAUUAAUAGAUACAUUUAAGUUAGGGAGUUCUGAUGUAGCAUUUAUGACUUGUCGUGAUAAUAAUAUUUGUAUCAGCACAUUUAGUAAGGUUUUAAGUGUCUGGAAUUUAAAAUUAAAAAAAUUUAUGUUCUAUAAGACUUUAGAACAAAUAGAUCCUAAUUUACCAAAAAAGUGUAAUGUUAUAGCUAUGGAGUUUUUAAAAAGAAAUAACGAAUUAAUUCUCUGCGUUGAAAAUAUGUCUUCAAAUAACGAGAUUUUGUAUUAUCAAUAUAGAAUUUAUGUUUUGUUGUCAGAUUGUGGACGUAUAUUACGAUAUGGAAGUUUAAUGAAUAAAAAUAUGCCGUUUAAAACUAAUAUUAUCAACGAAGAUGAGCUAAUAAUCUUUUAUCAGUUUAACAGCGAUCGAUAUUUAAAGAUGGAUUUAAAAACUAUGCAUAUUGUCACUUGUUUAUUCCAUAAAAAUCAUAUUCAAGAACUUGAAUAUCUUAUUUAUCCUCAAAAUUCAUUCAUUAUUAAACAUCUAAAAUCCAUAGAUAAUUCUUCAGAUAACGGUCUAUAUGUUGAAAAGUGCGACCCUGAAACUGGACUUCUUUUAUCUAAAAAUAAAAUUUUAGGAAGCGAAAAUAUAAUUUAUAACCAACCUUGUUUAAAAAAUAGAGAUUCAUUGCAAGGAAAUAACAAUUGGAUUGUCUAUAAUCAUCAAAAUAAGGUUUUUCUGUGGGAGCUUUGA